AAGCACAAAGGUCAAAGCUUGAAUACCAUGGAAUAGCCCAGCAAAAGCCUUUCCCAGAUCGGUCGUUGCAGGAGGUCAAGGUAAGCUUCCAUACGCUCUUUCACCGGAAGCCAUGGAAGCUCUGCGAAGCUUAGGUCAACUAGUCCUAGCCUUGUGGAUCUUCUCCCAUCUCUCCCUGCUCGCGUACUCAUCUUCCACUCAGGAUCUCCAGAUCAUCACCGCAGAGCGCAGAAUUGACUUGACCUCUCAUAUUGUGAAGGUUUUCUUGACUUUAAAGGUCGAAAACACUGGUACAUCUCCUGUUUCGGAAGUACUCCUUGCUUUUCCACCCACACAGGUUGAUCACCUAGCAUCACUCAAAGCAGCUAUCACUGUUGGAAAAAAGAAAAAGAAAAGUUAUGUGCCCCUUGAAGUCAAUCCCACUGAGCUACCUGAUGCACCAAAUGGGGCUAAAUCGUUUUCUAUCUCAUUGCUCAACCCACUAAAUGCUGGUGAAACUGCAACACUAGAGGUGCUUUACAUAUUGACACAUUCUCUGGAGCCUUUCCCAGCGGAGAUAAGCCAAUCAGAGUCUCAGUUGGUCUACUACCGUGAUAGUGCAAUCAUAUUGUCUCCAUACUAUAUCAAGCAGCAGACAACUUUUAUAAGAACGCCUAGUACUAGGGUGGAAUCAUUUACAAGAGUAGAGUCCACUAACCGUGCUGGUUCCGAAAUAAAGUAUGGGCCAUACAAGGAUCGUCCAACAUACUCUUAUUCUCCAGUAAUUGUUCAUUUUGAGAAUAAUAAUCCCUUUGCUGUUGUUGAGGAGCUUGUACGUGAAGUCGAAGUAUCUCACUGGGGCAGUCUUCAGAUCACAGAGCAUUACAAGUUGGCACAUGCUGGUGCUCGACACAAAGGAAUAUUUUCAAGGGUAGACUAUCAAUCUAAGCCACAUGCUGGUGGUGUCUCUUCAUUCAAACAUCUUCUAGCCAGACUACCUCCUAGGGUCCAUUCUGUCUACUACCGGGAUGAAAUUGGGAACAUCUCAUCAUCGCAUUUACGUACAGAUUAUCUAAGGUCGGAUCUUGAAAUUGAACCACGCUAUCCUUUAUUUGGAGGUUGGAAAGCUACAUUUGUGAUUGGGUAUGGGUUACCAUUGGAAGAUUUCCUUUUUGAGUCACCUGAUGGCAGGCGAUACCUCAAUUUCACUUUUGGUUGUCCUCUCGCUGAGACGGUGGUAGACAAGUUAACUGUAAAAGUUGUGCUACCAGAGGGAUCAAAAGAUCCUUCUGCUGUGGUUCCUUUUUCGGUUGAGCAACAUCUAGAGACCAAAUAUUCAUACCUUGAUGUUGCUGGAAGGACAGUGGUGGUUCUUGAAAAGAGGAACGUAGUUCCAGAGCACAACUCUCGUUUCCAGGUUUACUACACCUUCAACCCAAUCUUUAUGCUGGCAGAACCCCUGAUGUUGGUGUCUACGUUUUUCUUCAUUUUCAUGGCUAGUGUAGCUUACCUACACAUAGAUUUUUCCAUAUGCAAAUCAUCUUGAUUCACAAAGAUCGUUAAGUGGAGGAGAGGAACCAGGACUGUUGAGCGUGAACGUCGCCAGCGCCACUUUGGGUUCUAAAAUUUAAAACUACCUUAUAUAAUGUAGGUUACCAUGAGGAAUAUUUUGUUGCGCGUUGAUUAUUUAGUGUGUACAACAUCAAAUCAAAAAGGUUUUCAAAGCCGAAAGAAAAAUAUGCUAAGAGUUCUUUAAACAACGCCAAGCAACUGCCAAUCUGGGUGUUGCCAAAUCUUUUUUAAGCUGUGAAAAUUUGUUGCGUU